GUUCUUCGUCUGCAGUUGUUUGUCGGGUUGUUGAGUCGUGGUGGGUUUGUUGGUCUCGAUUGGUGUGUGGUUGGUUUAUCGGAGGUGGAUGUGUCACAGCUAGCCUAUAGCCUAUCCAGUGGAUAGCACAGCCUAGCCUAUCUGGAGCCAGAGCUUCGAAAACAUGUAUGGUAGCAGCACGCAGUUUCGUAACUGGACCUUCCAAGAUGACAGAGAAAUUGCAAAUCUACGUAAGCAGGCAAAUGCAGAUUUUAUCAACAAAUUUAGCAGUCAUAUGUCUGGUGCACAACGAGGUUCACACUUCUUGAAUGUUGAAGAGGAGAGGCAAAUGGUCCAUUAUUAUGAGAAUUCUCUGAAAGAGUUUUGCAAGAGAUUCCGAGAUCCUAGAGAUGCCCGCAUCAAAAUGCCAUUGUCUGUCAUGACAACAGCUCAACAUUAUUUCAAAAGAUUUUAUUUAUAUAAUUCAGUGAUGGAUUACCACCCAAAGGAGAUUUUAGUCACCUGUGUUUACCUUGCAUGUAAAAUUGAAGAGUUUUAUGUCACCAUAAAUGACUUUGUCCACAAUGUGAAAGGAGAUAAAAAGAAAGCUGCUGAGAUAAUUCUGAACAAUGAACUUCAACUUACCCAAGAAUUACAAUUCAAUCUCAUCAUUCAUCAGCCGUAUCGACCUGUAGAGGGAUUACUCAUUGACAUUAAAACAAGAUUCCAAAAGCUACAGGACCCAGAAAGGUUGCGACCUUAUAUUGAAGAUUUUCUAGAGAAAGUAAAUCUUACUGAUGCCAUUAUAUUGUAUUCACCAGGCCAGAUUGCUCUUGCUGCUGUGACUACUGCAGUAAGCAGGCUUGGAGAUAAUCUAGAUCAAUAUGUAACAGAUAUACUUUUCCCUGGAGACCAGAAGCAGCAUUUAGCUAAUCUAGUUUUUUCACUAAGAAAAAUCAAGAAAAUGGUAAAGAAUGCAGAGGCUCCCAUGCCAGAUACGAAGCGGAAAGAGAUCGAAGCGAAACUGGAGAAAUGUCGUAACCAACAAAACAAUCCCAAUUCUUCACAGUACCGUGCUAAUUACUCUGAGAUAGAUGAUGAUGACUUGCCUAUUGCUGGAUCACCCAUGCAAGAAGAUAUUGCUUUGGGAGUGGAAAGGAUAAGGUCACCGCCAGCUUAUUGAUUGUGCAAUGCGCAUUGCUUAUGUGAUGGGUUGGCAUUUUUUCAAUGUGAUCCUACAGGUAUUUUUUUUUUUAUAAGUUUUCUCAAUUGAAAUAUGUCAGGCUGUUUCACAGUAAUUUUUUUCACAUGUGGCAACUUGAUUACCAGUUCAUAUCAAUCCAGCCACCAUGAGCUUUUUGUUAUACUCAUAAUUCUUUUUGUUUAGUCUACAUUACAUGACAUGAACUACUAUAUAGUAUUUUUCUGUAGAAGAGUAUUUAAUUGUAUUAAAUUAUUCAGCAUACAGCCUUAUCAGUUGUUUUAAGAGUGCAUUUGCCUGCAUUGCAGUGGCUCAGGGAAAACAAUGUUACAGGUACCUAAGAGCCUUUGAAAUAUUAUAGAAGGGGGAAUAGUCAGCCAAAAAUUGCUGUACUUUUCAUUCAGUAAUUAUUGUUUCCUUCUUAAAUUCACUAUUGUAGACAUCAGUAAUGCCGAAGGGUGUACAAGACAUUAUAAAAUCACUGUUAUGAAAAUCAGAAAUAGAAACAAUGAUUACCUAAUUGAAUGAAAAGCACUUCACUUUGGUAAAGCCCAUGCUGUGUUUAGAAGGUACUUCGUUGUAUCAGUUGAUAUAAUUAUAGUAUUGUAAUAAAUUA